CGGAAAUUGGGGCUUGCGCGGAGUAUUUCCCGCCCACUUCCCAAGGCCGGCCUAGCUCACAGCUUCCCAGAAUUUGCCUGCUUGCCACAACUACUUUCUAUCUGCUCUGAGAACCUGCUCCUGCGGCGUCAUUCCUCAAGCUUCACGUUGAAGGGCCGCGUGACCUCCGAGAGCGUACUUCGACGCUACAGAUGCAGGCGCCUAAAAGGUGCCCCUGAGAGAUGACGUAUAAUCUGCGCGCCUACUAGGGGAGGGCCUGCCUCCGCUUCCAUUGGGUUUCCAGGCCGGUCUGUCCUGCACGCACGUGUGUUGCUGAAUGGAGCUGGUCGCUGGCAGCUACGAGCAGGUCCUGUUUGGGUUCAGAGUGCACCGUGAGCCCGCGACGAGUGGCGACCGGGAGACAUGGACUCCUGUGGCUGACUUCACUCACCAUGCCCACACUGCCUCCUUGUCUGCGGUGGCAGCAAACAGUCGCUUUGUAGUCACUGGGAGCAAAGAUGAAACGAUUCACAUUUAUGACAUGAAAAAGAAGAUAGAGCACGGGGCUCUGGUGCACCACAGUGGCACAGUGACUUGCCUGAAAUUCUAUGGCAGCCGGCACUUACUCAGUGGAGCAGAAGAUGGACUCAUCUGUGUCUGGGAUGCAAAGAAAUGGGAGUGCCUCAAAUCCAUUAAAGCUCACAAAGGACAUGUGACCUUCCUUUCUAUCCACCCAUCUGGCAAGUUGGCUCUGUCUGUUGGCACUGAUAAGACGUUAAGAACAUGGAAUCUUGUAGAGGGAAGAUCAGCUUUCAUAAAAAAUAUAAAACAAAAUGCUCACAUCGUGGAAUGGUCCCCCAGUGGAGACAAGUACGUAGUCGUUGUGCUGAAUAAAGUGGAUGUCUACCAGCUGGACACGGCGUCUGUGAGUGGCACCAUCACAAAUGGGAAGAGGAUCUCUUCCGUUACAUUUCUUUCAGACUCUGUCAUUGCAGUGGCUGGAGAUGAAGAAGUUGUAAGGUUUUUUGACUGUGAUUCCCUAGUGUGCCUCUGUGAAUUUAAAGCUCAUGAAAACAGGGUAAAAGACAUGUUCAGUUUUGAAAUUCCAGACCACCAUGUUCUUGUCACUGCGUCAAACGAUGGCUUCAUCAAAAUGUGGACGCUUAAGCAGGAUAAGAAAGCUCCCCCAUCUUUGCUGUGUGAGGUGAAUACUGGUGCCAGGCUGACGUGUCUUGGAGUGUGGUUGGACACAGCAACAAAUGAAAAAGCGAGCCUUCCUCCAGCAACAGAGCCCUCCUCUGAACAACCUAAAACGAUCAAAAAGGAAUCUGGUGGUGUAAUUCAGGAAGGAGAAACAACAGAACCUAACUCAAAGAAAUCUGAUUUAACUGGUGAUAGCAAGAAGCCAACAAAAGGAAACAGCCUAGCAUCAGCCAGGAAGAGGAAAAUGACAAACGUGUCAGAAAAGAAGAGAAAAAGAAAAAUGUAACCAUGUGGCAAGUCCCAGAUGUCCCCUCCCCAGGAGGAUGUCUGUUUGACAGAAUUCUCCUUUUCAAAUAUUAUACUUAAUUUUCCCAUGUGAGAACAAAAAAAUAUUUCUCCUUAUGGAGAAAAUGUGCAGCUUAAAAAAGAACCACUUUUAGGUGGUGCUGUUUUGUUAAAUGGUAAAAUUUUUUUGGCAGAUGGCAUUUUAUUAUAUAUUGUAGAAUAUAGCAAUACUAAUGUGUACUUUUUACUGUGCAAAGCAAGUAAAGAUAUGAAAAUCUGUAUUUAAAA